UAAAUAGGGGCACGGCGUAACUAUACCGUGCAUUAUUUUUGAUACUGUUUUGUGAGCCUAUUGACUAAACUCUUUGUCAGCGAAGGGCCGUCUCGGCUGCUGCGACGUGUCGGCCGCACCAGAAACGUUGCGACUCGUCGAUGCCAAGUAAAUCUUUGACAUUUCGAGCCAGCCAGCGUUGAGCCCCCGUGUCCGGGAGCGCCAGCGCAGUGUGCGUUCCCGGAGGCCAUGGCCAUGCCAGCUUCCGUGUAUGUAGUGUUAUCGCUUGGAGCUGCAGGUGGCGGUGUUGUCAAGGGCAUCACCGGGUUUGGCAAUGCGAUUAUUAAUCUCCUGGUCUGGGUGACGUUUAAUGCAUUUGGCGUGGAUGGCGGUUCGUUGAAGCAGGCGGUUCUGGCCGACACGGUGGGGUGCAUGGUCGCGGGAAUCCCACUCCUAAUCAUGACGAAAGCACACAAGACGGCUGAUUGGCGCCUGGUCAUAGCCAUCCUAGCCUUCACGACAUCAGGAGCGCCUGUUGGCGCGGCGCUGCUGACUCGCCUGAACCCGCGUUGGGUGGAGCUGGUGAUGGCAGUGGUGCUGCUGCUGGUGAUCGUGCUGCACAUCAAGCUGCACGAGAAGGCGACCAAGGCGUUCCGGGAGUGGCGUGCGAAGCGCAGGUCAGCAGCGAUGUAUGGCUUGUUGGAGGAGGAGAAGGCCGCGCGCCGUGCCGCAGACGGUGACCACCUGGCCUCCGCGCCAGGCAGCGCCAGCGACGCGUUGACGGGUUCACUGGGAUCACUCGCAGACACGGACCUUCCUAGCGCUGGCGUCAGCAGCUCUGACGCCGUUCUGCACAGCCUCGCAGUGGAUUGCCUGCCUUCGCCUCUACCCAGCCGGCUGCCCUCGCUGCAGGCUCCGGGCGCCCCGACCGAAACGCUCGCCGGCAACAGCGGCGGCGGGGGCACCGGUGUAGCAGCAGCGGGCGGGGACGCGUCAUCUGGGUCGGGGCACGGCAGCAGCGCUGGCGGCGACGUUUGCAAUCGCGGUAGGAGCAGCGGCAGCGGCGGUGACGCCCACACGGUAGUGGUUAUCAACUCCUACUGUGCGCCUUCAGCUGCUGACGUCGCUGCCGAGGCCAGAGGGACCAGCCCCAGCAAAGCUUCUGCAGCUGAUAGCACGGAGACCGCUGAAAGCGCGGAAGGUGCGAGCACUGCUGCUGGUGCAGGCUCGAUAGGCAACGGUGCGCAGGCCGCAGAUGCGAGCGCAGCACUUGUGGGCCUGCUCACAAUCACUGACAUGGCGCCGCUGCUGGAAGCCGGCGCAGCCUCGUCAAGCGCCGGUGGCGGCGCCGGCUGCACGUGCACCAGCAGCUGCAGCGCUUGCGGCGGCACCGGCAAGACCGCUGCAGGCGGUGGCGGCCGGUACAGCUGCUGUGGCGGUGGUGGGAGGGGUGGCGGUGGUAGUGGCGGCCUUUUGGCGCGGCUGCGGCGAUGGGUGGCCACUGCGGACUGGCGGGAGAUGCGGCGCAUCAUCGCGUUCGGCAGCGUGGCGGGCUUCACGUCCGGCGUCAUGGGCGGGAUGACGGGCAUUGGCGGCCCGCCCAUCAUGUUCAUGUACGAGAAGCUGCAGGUAGCCAAGGACGUGGUGCGGGGCACGAACGCCGUCAACAACGUGCUGCAGCCGCGCCUGGUGUCGUACAUCAUCAUGGGCAUGUUUGCCGCCUCCGACGCGCCGUUGUACGCGGUGACCAGCGUGGUGGGCUUGGCGGGUGUGGCCCUGGGCAACGUGCUGGCGGGCCGGCUGGACCAGCGCGGCUUCUCGCGCAUCCUGGUGGGCCUCAUGCUGGUGUGCUGCGCGCUGCUCUUCGCGUCAGCGGCGGGGCUGAAGGGCCACCACGCAGCGCCCUCCGUGGCCGGAGCGGGGGCGGGCGGUGCGGCUGCAGCUGCGGCUGCAGCCGCAAACGGCGCGCAGGGCGUGCACUGAGGCACACGUGCAUGGGCUGGCACUGGGGAGGGGUGAUACCUAGCGUGCUCAGAGUUAUAGAGCAGGAGAUAGGGCAGGAGGUAGGGGCGUAGAUUAGGGCAUGUAGCGUUGCGUCGUGACGGCACUCUGCAUGUUCUUCAUGCCACAUAUACAACAUCGUUGGCUGCGUGACGUGCCAUGCCAUCACGUGUGCAUUGUGGCUGCCUAUGGCACCAUGGCAUGCGAAAGACGGACGAGAGCCUCUCAGAGACGAAGUUCAGGACCUGCAGUGACCCUGAGAACUGGUAGAUGUUUCUUUUACGGACGUGCUUCUUGGUUUGACGGCUUUGUCCGCAUCAAUGUUAUGGUAUACAGUAUCCCUAUGCAACCGACAGGCUGAUUUUGACAUGCUUCAGACGCAAUUCAUGUGAAAGGUUACAGAUAUUCAUUCCGGUGUUAGGUAGCGAGCCCUUGCGCGUUGUGUCGGUGCUCAAAACCUCGGAGGAGGUGUCAUUGUGUCAAGUAUGUGACUGGGUCAGGGAGCCGGGCACGCUGCAGGAGGGUCGCUCACGCUGGCGGCAACUGCUGGUCGUACGGUGGGUCCCGUAGAUGCGGGAGGUGCCGGAAGACAUUCCCUUCAUCAGCGGUCCCUAAAACUUGUUCCCUAGUUGCGCUUCAAUUUGCAUUCCUAUAUGCAGCAAAUGUGCACGGUAAGUGCGGCGUGCCGGGGAUUCUGAGCGUCUGUAUAGUGUGUCCUCGCAAGCUGGGCAGGCACGUAGACGGGCGGUGAGUUACGUCCGCAGAUAUAAUAGCGUGACGGUAUGCAGAUCUGUGUGCAAGCAUACAGAGCCACUUCUGAUUUUGUAUGGCAGGAACGCUGGUAGGCGACGAGCCAGUGGUAGCGUGCAUGUGCGUAGCGGAUGGAGGGAGCACGCAAGGCCACGUGGAGGUGGAGAGCACGGCGCCGCCCGAGACGCGGCGCCGGCGCGCAGGUUGAGACCUGCCGGUGUCUGGCCAGCAGUCUUUGCUGGCGAGCAUAGCAUGGCACGGCAGGGUGUGGGGGGAUUCCUUACUGUUUGGUGUGUCGUCUGCUGUGCUUGUGCUUGACAGCGGGACGCGGCUGGACACAUGGCGGGCGGUGCCUGUACAAACCGACCCCGGCUAUUGGAGAAAGGUGGUGGGAGCAGGUAGAGAUGAGUUACCGGUAGCUUCGGAACCUGCGGCCUCAAACAUUGCACCAACAUGGCUUGGGCGCAGCCCAAGUUUCCCCUUGAUGGGGAGAGCCACCUUUCUUGUCGUCACUCGUAAGGAUACUUCGUGAGAAGGUUUCGUGACGGGGUUUCUGCCCAAGUGUCUACAUGUAACCCUAACACCAA